AUGCCCACCAUUGAAGUGCUCGACGAUGAAGGAAAUGAUCAGGAUUUACAACAAGAAACUCUAAAUGAUUUACUGGAAACACUAAGGUCGACAUUGAAGGUUCCCAAGCAAUUUGACGACGAAGACUGGGCAGUUGGCGAACAUGGUGCAACGUUGAUCGCAUGGAGGAACGCAUCUAAUGGACAUUUGAAACGCUUAUGGGAUCAUGUCCAAAAAUGCGACAACUUUGAACUCCAGGAGCACUUCGUGUCAAUCAUUGGCACAACCGUGCCGCUCGCAGGCUCCAGCGCAUGGACCAAGCCGGACAGUCGAAGCAUAGCUCACAAUAUCGUGAACUCACUUGGUGAGCCCACCCAAAGCCAAAUUCGAGCGGUACUCCUGGAAUGGGUACGACCAGCAUUUGAAGCAACUGCGAGUCAUACGCAUAUCAACAUGACCACUGGCUCGCGGAGCCAACGGGGACCAAAUGCUCCUGUGGUCUAUCAGGACGAUGAUGACAAUGUCUGGAAAGAAAAUCCCGGCAUGGCCGACGUUAUUUUGUGGUGCAUCUCGUCACUCAAGAUUCAGGACUGGGAAGUAUUAUGGCCGCUUCUCAUUCCCCCAAUUCUAGCGUACAUGGACGAUUGGCAGGCUAUUCAUCGGAUUCAAGGUAUCGCCCUUGCCCGAAAACUCAUUGAGGGUGCACCACCAGAGCUUUUGAAGAGAUCAGGCAUUGACCAGCUCAUGCGACUAUCUCUCGAGACAUCCCUUCUUCGAUAUGGUGAUCCUCAGUCCCCCACACUUUUCAAGCAUGCAAUGUUAGCGUCGCUCGAGUUGGUGGACAAGACUACCAAGAAAGACGGCCUCGAACGCCAUACUCGCCUCUUCGCCCUCCUUGGUGACAGUAUGAUAGGCGGCACUUGGUCAUUUGGGUAUCGAGAGCCUCUACUCAUUCAAGCAAGCUACGACGUUCUCCCCAACCUGUUGGAUGCACUCGGAGUAGCCUUUGUGCGAUAUCUCAAAGCAAUCGUACCACAAUUGGUCCAUACUAUCUCUUCGCCACCGGAAAUGAAAGUUCCACCAACAUUGCGCGAAGCCGCUUUGCGAUGUUUAAUCAAAGUCGUAGAUAUCGGUGCCUCACGGGUCUCUUAUUGGAGCGGAGAGAUUAUUUCUGGUAUCGCCAAGGCAUUAGUUCAGUCGGGUAAUGCCGACGCCAGCUUGCGACAACUUGUAGGUGCUGUACUCCACGUUUUACUCGACAAAUGCCCGGAUACGACCAAGAACCACCUCGAGGCGCUCAAAGAGCUCGAUCCAACCCUCCGUGCCGCCUUCGCAGUAGAUUCACCACUGCUGAGCAAAUAA